GCCCCCCGCCGCCGCCGGGGGAGGAGCAGCAGGCGGCGGGGGUGGGGAUCCUGCUGCAGAUAUCGAUGCUGGUGCUUUCUUUCGUGUUAGGUCACGUGAUCCGCCGGCACAAGUUCUAUUACCUACCCGAGGCCAGCGCUUCUCUUUUGAUCGGUUUAGCAGUCGGUGGACUUGCAAAUGUUUCAAAUACUGAAACCAGCAUUAGGGGAUGGUUCAAUUUUCAUGAGGAAUUCUUCCUCAUGUUCUUGCUACCUCCAAUUAUAUUUCAGUCAGGCUUCAGCUUAGCACCGAAACCAUUUUUUUCAAACUUUGGGGCUAUUAUUACUUUUGCUAUCCUCGGGACUUUCAUUGCUUCAACUGUUACUGGUGUAUUAGUAUACCUUGGUGGAUUAACGUUCCUAAUGUAUAAACUGCCAUUGGUCGAAUGCCUUAUGUUUGGCGCUCUUAUAUCAGCAACUGAUCCUGUCACUGUGUUAUCCAUUUUCCAGGAACUCGGUACUGAUACGAAUCUCUAUGCUUUGGUGUUUGGAGAAUCUGUUUUGAAUGAUGCAAUGGCAAUUUCUCUGUACAGGACGAUGGCGUCAGUCAGAAGUAAUGCUUCAGCAGGGCAGGGCUUUUUGCUGGUAGUGGUUAGCUUUCUCGAGACAUUUGUUGGUUCAUUAUCAUCAGGUGUACUGGUUGGGUUCACUUCUGCUCUGCUUUUUAAGUAUGCGGGACUGGAUGUUGACAAUCUUCAAAACCUGGAGUGCUGCUUAUUUGUCCUCUUUCCUUACUUUUCGUACAUGCUAUCUGAAGGCCUUGGCCUUUCUGGUAUUGUAUCAAUACUGUUCACUGGAAUUGUCAUGAAGCACUACACAUUCUCAAAUUUAUCAGGAAAUUCUCAACGCUUUGUUGCUGCCUUUUUCCAUUUAAUUUCAUCAUUAGCAGAAACCUUUGUAUUUAUAUACAUGGGAUUUGAUAUUGCCAUCGAACAACAUAGCUGGUCACAUGUUGGGUUUAUCUUUUUUGCAAUUUUAUUCAUAGGAGUUGCGCGGGCGGCCAAUGUUUUCUCUUGUGCUUACUUGGUUAACCUGGCUCGACCAGUAAAUCAUAAAAUACCUGUAAAGCAUCAGAAGGCACUUUGGUAUAGUGGACUUCGAGGCGCAAUGGCUUUUGCCCUUGCUCUGCAAUCAGCACAUGAUCUUCCUGAGGGGCAUGGCAAAAUAAUCUUCACAGCUACUACUGCAAUAGUGAUGCUAACUGUGUUAUUGAUUGGAGGCUCAACUGGUAAAAUGCUUGAAGCUCUUGAAGUCGUUGGGGAUGGCCAAAAUGUUCCAUUAGAGGAGAGUUUUGAGGGGAACAAUGGGUACACUAGGGCAUCUAAUGACGAGGAAACUUCCUCUAGAAAUAAGAUAAAAAUGAAACUGAAGGAGCUCCAUCAAAGCACCCCAUCAUUCGGUGCAUUAGAUAGGAAUUAUCUCACUCCAUUCUUCACAACUCAAAACGGAAAGGAUAAUCAGGGUGAUUCAGAAGGUCCACACCAAAGUUCUAGACCAUCAGGCGGUUCUGGUACUCAAAUUGAAUUGGCACGGCCUGAUCAUCAGAUUGAAUUGGGACAGCCUGACCAAGUUCAGUAGCUCUCUGUAGCACGUAAACAUUUCCUAACCAACACACUGAUGGGUGGUAUACAAGCUGACAAAUAGAAUCUGCAAUACAUCAAUUCUUUCCUCAGCCCUGGACAUUAAACACAAUUCAUCUGUAUCAAGUGUUAUUGAAGUAGCAAUAUGUAGUUGGAGGCUGCAUAACGAAGCUUUUUCUUGCCUGCGUCUGUUGUGUAGCUACUACACGAUAAACAGCAAUUAUGUUGAAAUGUUUUUGUUACUGAACAAAUAUUUGAUAUUUAAUUAUACGUUAAUUUGGAAUGUGAAGAAACUGAAUGCAAAGGUAACGAGAGAGAACCCUGAAUGCUGUGGCAAAUGGUAACGCGAUUCGCAGGGUACGACCUCCAGCUCAUCUGGUACUUCUCCGCAUCAAGAAGAAAAGAAUAAUCCAAGCGAUUCUUUGCUCAAGAUCU